GCCCGCCCGCCGGGUCGCGGCGGGGCCGUGGUGUACGUGCAAAGCGCGCAGAGCGAGUGGCGCCCGCACGCCCUCCGCUCUCCUGAACAGGCUGGGCCGGGUCGGCAGGGACACAGAGGCGGCGGCGACCGUGCAGCGACUAGGGCCUGUCUCGCGCGCCCGGGGUCCACGCUCCGCCGCAGCCAAGAUAACCCUCCGCCGCCCAGGCCGCACUCCCUCAGCCCGCAGCAGCGGAGAUGAGGUUCUGAGGCGACGGCUGCAGGCUCGGCGCGGCUCGGUGCGGCGUGGCCCGGACCGGGAGAACGAGGAAGCGGCCCGGGCCGAGGUGCAGCGGGGUACACUGGUCUCCCUGAGGCGAGGGGCGAACGGGUGCAUGGCGCAGUAACAACCUUAGCCGUUCGCCUCCACUCCCUUGACUCUGGGCGAGGCCGUCUGACCGCCACCCUCUCCUGUUCAGCAGUCGCCGCCGCUGCCGCCGCCAUGGCCAAUGACAGCGGCGGGCCCGGCGGGCUGAGCCCGAGCGAGAGAGACCGACAGUACUGCGAGCUAUGUGGGAAGAUGGAGAACCUGCUGCGCUGCAGCCGCUGCCGCAGCUCUUUCUACUGCAGCAAGGAGCACCAACGCCAGGACUGGAAGAAGCACAAGCUCGUCUGCCAGGGCAGCGAGGGCACCGCGGAGCCCCGGGGCGCCCGCGGCCACGGCGCGGGUCACCACCAUCACCAUCUCAACUCCGCGCAGCCCGCGGCCCCGACGCCGCCCAGGUCCGGCGGGGCCAAGGAGGCCAAGAAGGCACAGCCGCGCAGGGACGCGAAGGCCGGGGAGGCCCCAGGCCGAUCCGCGGUUGGGGACGCGCCGGCGGCCAAGGCAAAGGCAAAGCCUGCGGCGGAUCCGGCGGCGGCGAUGCCGGCGCCCUUGCCUCACAUUGCCACUGGCAGCCAGGGCUUGGCGGCGACCGAGGCGGAGCCCGGGAAGGAAGAGCCGCUGGCCCGCUCGCAGUUGUUCCCAGAGAAGUCGAACAUGUACCCGCCGAGCAACACCCCUGGCGAGGGACUGAGCCACAGCGGCGGCCUGCGGCCCAACGGGCAGACGAAGCCGCUGCCGGCGCUGAAGCUGGCGCUGGAGUACAUUGUGCCGUGCAUGAACAAGCACGGCAUCUGUGUAGUGGACGACUUCCUGGGCAAGGAGACGGGGCAGCAGAUCGGCGAGGAGGUGCGGGCCCUGCACGACACCGGCAAGUUCACCGAUGGGCAGCUGGUCAGCCAGAAGAGCGACUCGUCCAAGGACAUCCGAGGCGAUAAGAUCACCUGGAUCGAGGGCAAGGAGCCCGGCUGCGAAACCAUAGGGCUGCUCAUGAGCAGCAUGGACGACCUGAUCCGCCACUGUAACGGGAAGCUGGGCAACUACAAAAUCAAUGGCCGGACGAAAGCCAUGGUUGCUUGUUAUCCAGGCAAUGGAACAGGCUAUGUGCGUCAUGUUGAUAAUCCGAAUGGAGAUGGAAGAUGUGUGACAUGUAUAUAUUAUCUUAAUAAAGACUGGGAUGCCAAGGUAAGUGGAGGUAUACUUCGAAUUUUUCCAGAAGGCAAAGCCCAGUUUGCUGACAUUGAACCCAAAUUUGAUAGACUGCUGUUUUUCUGGUCUGACCGUCGCAACCCUCAUGAAGUCCAACCAGCAUAUGCUACAAGGUACGCAAUAACUGUUUGGUAUUUUGAUGCAGAUGAGAGAGCACGAGCUAAAGUAAAAUAUCUAACAGGUGAAAAAGGUGUGAGGACUGAACUCAAUAAACCUUCUGAUUCAAUCAGUAAAGACGUUUUAUAGAGCCUUUGAUCCAGCAAUACCCCACUUCACCUACAAUAAUUGUUGAUGCUGUUUGUUAACUUGUGAAUACAAAUAAAUGGGAUAAAGAAAAAUAGCCACCCAGGUGGCAUUUUAAUAAGGAAACAAAAACAACUUUUUUUGUGUUGCAUCAAACAGAAGAUCUUGACUGCUAUGGCUUUGUACUGCAUGAUUGACUUCAGAUCUGUGAUUGCUUAUGGGAAGGAUAUAAGCUAUCAGCUGAAAAUGGUAUUUACAUUUGGACAUGAAAAUAAGUGCCCUGUGUAGAAUUUUUCAUUCUUAUAUUUUGCCAGAUCUGUCAGCUGAAUUCAUUUCAUUUCUCCCUUUUUUAUAUGGUCAAGUUUGAAUUUGGGAUAAUUUUUGUAUGAUUAGGUACAAUUUGUCAAAAACAGAAAAAGAAUUAGAGUAUUAUUCCCCAAAGUAGCAUCAAUCUAUUUUUGUAAAUCUCUUCGUACUAUUAAAUUUGCCCUAAAAGACCUCUUAUAAUGAUUAUUGCCAGUUACUGAUGAUUAAUUUCUUUUUACUUAAAGUAAGAAAAGGAGCACUUUAAUAACCAACUGAAAUAUCAGAUUGUUUUGUCUCAAAUCUUACACUAAUUUGAACUCUUUUUAAAUAUUGCUGCUGUUAUUUUUAGGACAUUGUUAAUGAAACAUAACAGUAACAAAGUUAUUAUUUACUAUAACCUUUAGUUCAUGUUUUACAAGAAAAAAAUACACAGUAAGAAAGGUUUAUCUUUUGAGUUAAAAUUUUUUUUUAAUUAAAGUAACUGGCGCUAAAUGAACUUGAAGUUAUCCUUAGCAUCAAGUUCCUAAAAUAAAGGGCUUUCUUAGGCUUUCAUGUGUUUCCUAUAGAUUUAGAAGUUAAUGUCCCCAUUCCUAAGACUUUUCCUUUUGCUUCCCUUCAAUGGUGAUUGUAAUUCCAAAUUUGCUAUUAUGGGUUUUUCCUACUAGUAUGACCCAUCUUUAGAUCAGAACCUUGUUUCUAUUGAAUAGUAUCAAGGGGAGAUUAUAUAUGCAUUGAGACGGAAAUGUGUCAUUACAGGCUUAAUGUUUAGUGACUCCUGUUGAGGCAUUCUCCAAACAUGAUGCUGGCCUUUUAUCCAUACUGAAAGAUGUAUGUUUAGUUUAAAGAAACAAAAACAAAACCAAAAAAGCAAAACCAGAUACUUUUAUUUUUAUGUUGUAAGGGUUUUCUUGUUUACUUUUCAGAAAAAGAGGGAAUAUUACAAAAUCACACAAGACCUCCCACACUUCUGUAAUGUAAGGAGUGAAUUGAGAUGGACGUCUUAGACUUCAGUUUCCUAAGCUCUUUAACAAAGCCCAAAAGAUGAGUCCUUAUUUUACAUGAAUUAUGGGUAUAAGACCUUGCCCACUUAAGUCUUCUUUCUGUAUCCUUGAUCACCUUUGCCAAAAUAAUGUGAGUGUACAGAAAUAUUUCUGUAUAUUUCAACUUAUAUCAGUUUUAGCAUCUGUAUAGUUUGUAUUCAAUUAGAGAACUUUUCUAUGGAAAGCUCAGUAAUUUUUAUUAAAAGAUUGCUAUUGUUCAUGUAAAACAUGAAAAAAAAAAUUUUAGUGAAACUGACAGUGUGGACUUAGCGUGGGAUUAAGUAUUCAGUAUUGAGAUCUCACUUAGGAGAACUUGCAGGAAAAAAUUAUAGUGUGUUGUUUUUGCUUACCCAUACUCAGUUUUGUUCCACUUCCUCUCCUUCAUUCCAGAUAAUAAAACUUAACAUCUCUACAGUAAGUGCCUCUGCCAGCCCAACCCAGGAGUGCAAGUUAUCUUUGCUAUCUGGUCUACAGUGCAGUACAUUGCAUUAGGCCACAACUCAGAAGUGCUAUCAUUUUCGGGCUUAGUAGAAAUUGUAUUAUGUUGAUGGAAGGUUUGUUUGAUUUUCAAAAUGUACAGCAACAGCCUUUUAAUUGGGGAGUUCCCAUGUCAUUCAAAUGUGUACUUCAUUUGUGCAGAGAAUCACAUUCUACUAUCUGUGAGUUGUUCUUGCCAGACAGGUCUUAAAUUGUGUAUUUUUUUUUUUUUUGGAACAAUUUAUAUAAUUUCUUGGAGAUCAUUGUGAAAGGGUAAAGAAAUCAGAAUAGCCAUUUCUUUAAUAACCAUUUAAAAUCUAUUCAUUUAUUGUUAGUGGGACCGUUAACUUGUCACCAAUUAGGACUCUUAUUUAAAACAAAAUUUAAAACUAUUUGUGACCUGUGUGUGUUUAAUCCUGGUUAAAGAUAAAGCUUCAUAAUGCUGUUUUUAUUCAAUACAUUAACCAGCUAUAAAACACAGACCUUUAUCAAUAGCAGGUAAAGAAUUUCAGGAUUCAUAUACAGAUAGCCUAUAAAGUCAUGUAAUUUGAAAAGCGGUGUUUCAUUAUGAAAGAACUCUCAAGUUGCUUGUAAAGCUAAUCUAAUUAAAAAGAUGUGUAAAUGUUCUUGAAAAAAUUAUGGUUGUUAUUUUCAGCUGUGUUUUUUAUUUUUAAAUCCCUUAUUAUGCAUACCAUUGGCUUUCUUAACAGGUCUUUUCAUCAGAUAAUGUGCUUUUCUAUCACAUCUCUAUCUUAGUCCAGAACAUUUAGUAUUACUUUUUAUAAAUAAUAACAAGAGAGAGAAUAGUAAAUAUAGGGGUCUAACAAUUUUCUAAACAUCCUGGAGGUAAUUGGACUGUCAGUGGAAUCUAUGAGCUCUGUGUUUGGAUGCUCAACACAUAGGAUUUUUAAAAUUAUUUUAACAUUCACAGUUAUUGAGCAUAUCCAUAUCAUCCCUCUGCCACGAAAAGGAAGGGGCAUUAAGGAUUUAUCUCUAAUUGUCAUAGCUGUUCUGUUGUGUGUAUGCAAGAAAGUUUAAUCUUUGUGGUCAUAGACUAAAGUGUAAGAGUGCUUAUUAUAACAUGAGAUCAAUAUAAAUAUUCAUAAAUGUU